UCUUCUUUGGUAUUUUCUUGUCAUUUGGCAUAACCAAAGAGUCAAGCACAUUCAAACAUUCUCAAGCCCUAAAUCCCAAAAGAAACUUAUAUGCUCUUGUUCUUGUUCUCCCUCUACAAACUAAACCCUAAUUAACUAUCUAUUUUGUUUGUAUACUGUUCUAAAUCUCCUGACCACCUUCUUGUUUUCUUGCAAAGUUUUAUAAAAACAAAAAAAACAAAACCCAGUUCUUGUUCUCUAGCUCUGUUUUACAUCAAAAACAAAAAUAUGCAGAUGAUUCCAGGAGAUCCAUUUUCUAUUUCAUCUUCGAUGGGAGGGUUUGUCCAUCAAGAACAGCAUCUUCAUCAUCUUCAGCAGCAUAUCCAGGACAUUAACCCUAAUUCUAACCCUAACCCUAAUGCUAAACCAAACUCUUCAUCAGCUAAGAAGAAGAGAAAUCAGCCUGGCACCCCAGAUCCAGAUGCGGAUGUCAUCGCUCUAUCGCCAACCACCCUCAUGGCAACAAACAGAUUCGUGUGCGAGAUCUGCAACAAAGGAUUUCAAAGGGACCAGAACCUACAACUCCAUCGCCGUGGCCACAACCUUCCAUGGAAGCUGAAGCAACGGUCCAACAAAGAGGUGAUAAAGAAGAAAGUAUACAUAUGUCCUAUCAAGACUUGUGUUCACCAUGAUUCUUCUAGGGCCCUUGGAGACCUCACUGGAAUCAAGAAACACUAUAGCCGCAAGCACGGCGAAAAGAAGUUUAAGUGCGAAAAGUGUUCUAAGAAAUAUGCUGUUCAAUCUGAUUGGAAGGCGCACGCGAAAACUUGUGGCACUCGUGAGUAUAAGUGCGACUGUGGCACGUUGUUCUCCAGGAAAGAUAGUUUCAUUACGCAUAGAGCGUUCUGCGAUGCAUUGACAGAAGAAGGUGCAAGGAUGAGUUCACUUAGUAAUAAUUCAGCGAUCUCUACAACAACGAUGACGACGAAUCUUAACUUUGGAAAUGAUUCACAUGUUAUGAAUAAUUCAAAUCUUCCACAUGGAUUUGUCCACCGAGGAGUUCAUCAUCCCGACAUUAAUGCUGCUAUCUCUCAGUUCGGUUUAGGGUUUGGACAUGACCUAACUGGAAUGCAUCCGCAAGGUUUAUCCGAGAUGGUACAAAUGACCUCCUCUGGGAACCACCAUCUCUUUCCGUUGUCUUCAUCAUCAGUCCUCCCUGACUUUUCCGGCCACCACCACAACCAACAAUUCCAAAUUCCCACUACUUCCACAAACCCUAAUCUCACCUUAUCAUCAUCCUCAACAUCACAACAAACCUCAGCUUCACUACCAUCACUACAGCAACAACACCAAACCCUGAAAGACUCUUCUUUCUCCCCACUCUUCUCAUCCUCCUCCGAAACCAAACAAAACAAGCCUCUCUCUCCAAUGUCUGCCACUGCUCUCUUACAAAAAGCUGCACAAAUGGGAUCCACUAGAAGCAACUCCACCACGGCUCCGUCCAUCUUUGCCGGCCCUACAAUGACGUCAUCCUCAUCCGCCGCUUCUCCUCCACCUCGAUCAUCUUCUCCAAUGAUGAUCCAACAACAGCUCAACAACAACUUCAACACUAAUGUCCCAAGAGAGAUCCAUAAUCUUGCUCCUCCUAGCAGUGGUGUAACCACGAGUAGUGUAGAUAAUAACCAUCGAUUUCAAUCAAACCGGUCAGGUAUAACCCCGGUUCAGCAGAUGGGUCUAACCCGGGAUUUUCUUGGAGUGAGCAACGAGCACCACCCUCACCAAACUGGUCAUCGUCCGUUUUUGCCUCAGGAACUCGCAAGGUUUGCUCCAUCGGGUUGAUAGAUUGUCUUAUGUUAUUAGAUCUGAUCCACUACAUAUGUGGACUGUGAAUCAAGAGAGAGAUGGGGGGACAAUUUUUGGGGUUUAGGACUGGAAGUUUCUUUGAGAAGACAAGUCUAAGAAUCAUACCCCCCUUGUGAAGCGGUCGGAAUGUAGGGACAAAGGUUGACAAGACAUCGUCAUACAUUAUAUGUUAUGUACUUUUAAUAUGUUCAUGAUGAUCAUCAUAUAUGUAUACCAUGACAUGCAUGGGUUUGUAUUUCGCGAUAUUGUCGUUUCGUAAAUGUUAUUUGUUUUCGUUAUUACAAUUAUUGGGAUAUUCAAGUAUUUGGUCCGUAUAAUUA